AUGUGCGAGCAGGCAGCGCGCUACUGCAGGGACGGAGUCCACAAACUGCUCAACAAAGAACAAGGCAAGCUGCGGGCCCAGGACAGCAGCGAGCAGCCCAGACCCGGAGCCAGUCUGGACAGCGAGUCCGCGACGGCAGCGCAGUCCGGAAACAGCGGCGCCCAGCCCGGUGGAAUCGACGGGCUCGUCCGCUGGAUCGUCACCAAGAUGAGCGACAACAAGACCAUGUCCAGCCGGGAGUACGCCGGGAGCAGAGAGGAGGUCGCCGUGGCCCAGGAGCAGUUCUUCGCCCCCGAACCGCGUAAAGGCAUCUCCGUUAUUCUGGACAUAUUCCGGAGAGCUGAUAAAGACGAUGACGGCAAGCUGUCUCUGGAUGAGUUCCAGGCGUUCUUCUCUGAUGGCACACUGAACGAGGAAGAGCUGGAGAAGCUGUUUCACACCAUCGACUCUGACAACACCAGUAACGUUGACACAAAGGAGCUCUGUGACUACUUCGCAAAGCACAUGGGAGAUUAUGAGGGAGUUCUGGCCUCCCUGGAGACUCUCAACCUUUCCAUCCUUAAAGCCAUGGACUUCACCAAGAAGGUGUACGAGCGAGGUACCAAUGUGGAGCAGUUUGUGACCCGUUUCCUCCUGAAGGAGUCGGCGAAUCAGAUCCAGUCCUUACUGAACUCCGUGGAGAGCGCCGUGGACGCCAUUGACGAGCAGCACAGCCAGGCAGGUCACUACACCGCCAAGGUGAGUCCACGGAUGCCAGAGAAGCGCUACGAGAAUGCCGUCCCUGACUACCCCCCCAACAACAGAGUUAGCGCCAAGGAGAGUGUCAGGAACAUUAACACUGCUUCUGGUGUGGUGGAGUUGAGAAAAGAGGGUCUGGAAACCCAGAUUAACCGCCUUGCUGAACUUAUUGGACGGCUGGAGAAUAAGACCGUCUGGUUUGACCUGCACCAGAGGCUAACAGACACAGACGGCACCACCAGUGCAUCCUUGCUGCUCAUUCGUCAAGAGAUGGUGAUUGCCCAGAAAAAGCUUGGAGAGUUUUGUGAGGCCUUGAAGCAGUACCUGAAGAAUGUCUCUGCCCAGAGAGAUUGCUUUCAUGUGACCGCCGUGCGUCUGCCGGACGGUCUCUCCUUUGUGAUCUAUGAGUUUUGGGAUGGAGAGGAAGAGUGGAAGAGGCACCUCCAGUCGGCCUCCACCAAAGCCUUUCAGCAUGUCAAGGUGGAUACAUUGUGCCAGCCAGAGGCGGUGUCUACAGUAGCUGUGCCAGCCGCUUGGUGCAGUCUGAACAGAGACUGA